AUGGUUCGUACAUGGGUCGGCGCGGUCGUUCAGGUCAUAUGGAUGUUGCGAGCAUUGCGGACGAUAAGUGAAACCCUUUGUCAAGUGUUAACAAUAAAAUUCGAUAUGGAAAAAGUUUCAUUGUAUGACUCGGAAAAGGACAUUGCUGUCGAUGUUAACCUGUCUCCAGAAGAUUUUUUACGUGCGCAGCAAGACAUGACGUUUGCAACAUCUUUAUUAAAUGCAGCUUUAAAAGAAAAAGCUUUGACAGAAAAAAAGGAAAGUUCUAUCAAAUUGGUCCCAAUUCAACAAAGCACUUCCACGGUGGUGCAAGAAUCGGCACAAACUGAAACACAUAUACAAAAUUCUACCUAUAGGUGGUCAACAACUGCUAUGCCGCUACUAUUAGAAACAUACAAAACAUUUCAAGAUAAAUUUAGUAGUGGGAAAUAUUCACACAAAAAAGUCUGGGAAGAAAUAAGUGCAAUUCUUGUGAAAAAAGGACAUCCAAUCACAGGACCACAAUGUGCGGCAAAAUUAAGAAGCCUAAAAAAAACUUACAAAAGCGUGAAGGACCAUAAUAAUCGAUCGGGUAAUGAUAGGCGAACUUGGCAAUUUUAUGAGAUUAUGGAUGAAAUCUUCCCAAAAAGAGCCUGGUGUUCUCCAGUUGCUGUUGCAUCAUCAACAGGAUUUUCCCUUAAGCAAGAAAAAGAUGCAGGAUUUGUCAAUAUAGAGUCUACAUCUGAAAAUGAGGAAAAAAUGUGCAAUUCUAAAAGGAAAGAGUUGAAAGGAAAAGAAAACGUGUGCAGUCUUUUUAAAAAAAGAUUGUAUCAAAAAACUGAACAAGAAGAAGCAAAAGCCAAAAGAAAUAAAGAAAGAUUGGAAAUGGACGAGAAAUUUCUUGCAGUUUUGAAUAAAUUUCUGGAAAAAUAG